AUGGUUAAAUACGGCCCCUUUCUCAGUAUCGGGCGUGUGGUCCUGAGCAGACCGGACUCGGAUUCGCGGGGGACAUGCGGACGCGUGCGCCACGCCAGAUCUGUGCCCGCAACGCGCCCACCACAGCAGACCGACGAGCCACGGCAGUGGACGCGACACCUCGCUGCACACUCUCCGCCAGGCACUCCUGCGUCGUCCUCGGGCGCCGUGCAAAAAGCAACAGUUACAUCAUCGGCAGCUUCGAUGUGUAUAUUCACACUCCUGUUGAUCUUCUGCCACGGAUUGGAACACGGAGCGGCGUUUACUCAUGAGUCGGCCGGCCGCCCCCGCGGCGCGGGCGUCAUCGUGGCGCCGCCCGCCGGCUGCUGGUGCGUGCAGAGCAGCGCCUGCGCCGCCGCGGCGCGCGCCCCUGCCGCGCUGCUGAGGGCCGCCGCCUGCGCCCGCGGCGACGCCGGGCCCUACGUCUGCUGCGACGAGCUGGCGCGCCGCCUGCCCUUCACGCAGAGGCCGCCCACCGUCGAAGACAACGACAUCUCGCACGACAGCCACGUGCUCGACCUGCCGGACCUCUGGCACGCGACUGCGUCCGGUGGCCACGAAGUUUCUUUGCAGGUCCCCUUCCGACAACGCGACUCCGCUUACCGGGUACCUGCCCCUGGGUCUGGAGGCAGAAGCGACGCCACAUCACAGCCGUACGACAGACGAGUGUACCGACCGACGACUACUUCCUACAGUUCGCCGCGCUACGACGGUCAUCACAGCUUCGAUUACGAAAGGAACCCUGGCUAUUUUCGUGGACCGGACGAUGGUUUCAUUAGUAUAUCACCCACAGCGACGCCGACGUCACCAGUGAGAACUAUUAGUGACCCGUAUUCCUCAGGGGCGACGAAUUUUCCCUUCUCUUCCUGGAAUCUCAGUCCUACAAAACCGCAGACUCAGUAUACUAAUAACCGCGGGACCACGAAAAGCCGCAAGAAUACAGCUCAGCGCGAAAGCAGCACACAAACACCCCAUUUCACGCCUGCUCUGAAAGAAGAAUCCACGUCUUUCAGUUCACAAGAAGAUGACUCCCCACAUCGCGGUAUCGUCGAAUCUGAACGACGCCACGAUACCAGCGCAGUGCCACAGGAGAAGUCAGCCCAUCGAGACGAAACUCCACCGCACACACAAACUCCCCAUUUCAAGCCCCCUGUGAAGGAAGAACCCAGACAUUUCAGCUCUCCACAUGAAGAUAACUCGCCACAUCGCAGCAUCUUCGAAUCCGACCGACGCCACGAUAUCGUCAGAGCACCACAGGAAAAUCCAACACACCGCGAAGUAAACGAACCUGAACGAGUACACGACACAGCAGGAGUGUCGCCGGAGAAGCCACCAAAUCGUGGUCCCAACGAGUCAGACAGGUGGCGCAACACUGGCAGAGUACCGCAGGGGAGCUCACCACAUCACGGUCUCACCGUACCUGAACCACACCAGAAUACAGACAGAGUAGCGCAGAGGAAGCCACCACAUCGUGAUGCUACUGACCGUGAGCGACAGCACGGCAGAGGCAGAAAACCAUACGAGAACCCACCGCCUCGUGGUCUUCCCGAAUCUGAACGACGACACGACACACAGCGAAUAUCGGAGAAUUCACACCCAAGGCCAGUACCCGACUGGCCGCACCAGAUACACGGCCCUGAGCAUCCGUUCCCUUCCAAUCCUCACCACCACCACCAUCAACACUCUGACGGUUCUCAUCCCCAUUCAUUUCCAGACAUCGAACAUUCCCAGACUCUGCCAGAGGACGAGAGACGACCAAAUCCUAUUCCACUUUUGCCUCCAGAGUUCCUUGAAAACGAGACAGAGUCGACGCCCUCAGAACACAGCAACAACGCAACGCCGACGACAGCGGCAACAACAACGACGACGAUGAAGACGACGACGACCACAACAACCAAGAGGCCGAUGAAGGCGAUUACCACCACCACGACCACGAGCCGGCCGCCAUCUGCCUACAAUGACGACGCUAUCGUGUUCCCCGAUUCCGCAGAGUCCGUCAACCACGGCGGAAAGCGCUGGACGGAGGAACGCCACGUGGAGAAACACCACCAGGCGGAUAAUGGUGACUCCAAGCAUCGCGGGGACCCGGAGAAACACCCCAACAGGUCGUUGCUGCCCAGCGAAUGCGCCACGCUGCUCGAAGACCGCAUCGUCGGCGGUAGCAAAGCAGAACUCGGCUCCUUCCCCUGGAUCGCCAGGCUCGGCUACUCCGUGAAGGGGCGCAGCCGGACGCUGUACCGGUGCGGCGGCGCGCUCAUCAGCAGUCGCUACGUCAUCACGGCGGCCCAUUGCGUCACCACGCUGCCGUCGGACUUCCAGCUGAAGGCGGUGCGGCUGGGCGAGGUGGACGCGCGCGGAGACCCGGACUGCGACGAGGUGCAGUGCGCCGAGCCGGUGCAGGACUUCGCCGUGGCGGCCGCCGCCGUGCACCCGCAGUACAACUCGCCCAAGUUCCGCCACGACGUGGCGCUCGUCCGGCUCGACCGCGAGGCGCGCUUCUCAGCCUACGUGAUCCCGAUUUGCCUGCCGUUCGGCGACCUUGCCACCCAGAACUACACCGGGCUGAAGGUGACCGUGGCGGGGUGGGGAGCCACCGAGAAUGGUACGGGCAGCGACGAGCUGCGCUACACGCGCCUGACGGUGGCGGCCACGGACGAGUGCGCCGGCGCCUACCGGCGCACGCACAUCGCGCUCAGCGGCGAGACGCAGGUGUGCGCCGGCGGCGCGCCGGGCGUCGACUCGUGCGACGGCGACAGCGGCGGCCCGCUCACGCUGGCCCACCAGCCGGGCGCCGGCGACCCGCGUCACGUGCUGCUCGGCGUCGUCUCCUUCGGCGCGCGCCGCUGCGGCUCCGACGGCUUCCCCGGCGUCUACACGCGCGUCGGCGCCUACCUCAACUGGUUGCUCGACAACCUCCAGCCCUGAUCUUCUCCUGCUGCGGCCUGUGCUAGUCUAGCUACGUGCUGUCCCUGUGGUACAUCCGUGUCACCGAUGGGACUCGGCGGGGAUAUCGAGGCCAUCAACCCCCCGCUCCCCCCCCCCCCCCCUUUUCAUUUCUGACUGACGCUCUACCAGUCAGAAAAGAAACCACAUUCUAAUACAUCUUUCGCAAAUUCAUUUUCGCAACGAUAUUCAUUUAUUUGUUGGCCACCUCGCAUUUAUUGUCUUCUCCAGCGGAUCAAAUUCUUUAUUACGUUCCGCCCAAUAUAUACCACAUUUCGAGCUCCCAUCCAGACAUCUUUUUAUGCUGUAGUUAAUGCAGCCCCUGUUACGGGCAAGUUUUGUUCUCCCCCAAGGAUAUAAUUUGGAAAGGCAUAGCGGAUGAAUUAUUUCUUAACAUGUUUCGCUACGAAGAGUGUACAGGAUUUGCUACGGAAUGAAGUUGAUAAACGUUUAUUAAUACAAAGUGAGCAGCGUUAAGUCAGCUGCAGUUCUGACCUUCCAAAGCUCUACACCAAAAUCGUGUCUUUCAAGUGUAAUUGAAGUUACUCUUGUAUUACAAUAUUACCUGCGAGUACAACACGUGUAUUCAUUACGCUGUAAUGUUAUCAAAGCGAAACAUAACGUGAGCAUAAUAGUGUCCAUUUUUUCGUAGAGAUAUUUUUUUAAAUUUUUUGUUAGUCUGCAGCUAAUAGUAUUUCUAGAUAUAACUGCACGACAUCUACACUUUAUUGUUUAUUUAUUUCAUUGUUGUUAUUUUCGAAGGUGAAGCCCCAUUACCAUGCACUCCUUUAUCAAAGAUAGAUAAAGAGUGAAUUCCAGUUGUCAUAAAAGUCGUCUGUUAUUAGGUCAUGAAAAAAUCCAUAUAUGGCUAGCAUAAACAGAAUCAAGACGUAUAUCCUGUUGUUGUGGUCUUCAGUCCUGAGAGUGGUUUGAUGCAGCUCUCCAUGCUACCCUAUCCUGUGCAAGUUUCUUCAUCUCCCAGUACUUCACUGCAACCUACAUAUAUCCUAUUAUGCUAAAAAUCGGGGCACAAUGAGAUUUCACUCUGCAGCGGAAUCAUCUUCGCUGAUUUGAAUAUUCCUGACAGAUUAUAACUGUAUGUCCCAUCAGGACUGUAACAGGGGACUUCCGCCUUUCGCAGCAACGGAUCUACCGUUUGAGUUAUUCUAUUAAACUAAACUCUUUCAUUGCCCUGAAACACAAGGUAUUACAACUUUUUUACAAAUGUGUGUACUGACAAUACAUCCUUCAAAUUAUUUUCGUUAAACACGGAAUUAAUAAUAAUAAUAACAAAAAUAAUAUAAGACAGCUAUUGAAGCACGACUCACGAUCCGCCUUUCGUAGCUCCACUUCUGCCUGCACCUCUUCUCUUAUCUUUACGUAAGCCCAGAAGUCCGGAAGGUAGGAGAGUAAGUAUUGGGGAAACUGAAGCUGUGAGGACGGAUCGUGAGGUUUGCUCGUAUAACUCAGACGGUAGAGUACAUGCCGGCGAAAGUCACAGGUGCCAAAUUCGAGUCUUGGUCCAGCAAACGGUUUUAAAUCAGCCACAAAGUUUGAAAACUGCUGCUUAAAUUUAAUCAUCAUUCGUCAAAAUAAUAAAUGUCAAGAAAUGUACCGUAAAAUGGACAACUACGUACAGAACGUUGGGCUGAAGGUGAGUCAAGACAAAAUGGAAUUCAUGCGAUUAGGAACAAGACAAAAGCAGCCAUAAUUUCUUGAGAUAAAUGACACGAGGUUCAAGAAAGUUCAUCAGCUGAAAUAGUGGAAACUUGGUUUACCAGUGACAAGCACAGGAAUGGACAUCAAGCAAAGAACAGCAGUGGGAAUGAAAUGCAUGUGUUUCCUUAGACACGCAGCUCAAAAUCAAUACGUGCGAAUACUAAAAUGAGAAUAUAUAACACUGUGAUACUCCCAGGAGUCAUGUACGGCUCAGAAACCUGCAGCGUAACUAAAUGACAAAAGGAAAAACUAAUAAUCUUUGAAAGUAGAGUAAUGAGAAAGAUUUAAGGACGCAUCUUAGACAAAGAGGAAUGCAGGCCGAGGAAGAAUGAACAAAUCUACUUCUUGAUGCUACAAGCAACAAUCCUACACAAGCUGAAGAGCAGAAGAAUCCAGCGAACGGGCGAAGAAAGCAACUCCACACGUCCCAUAGGACGAUCAAGGCAGUGCUUGAUGGACGACCCGGCGAAGAUCUGGCAGUCCUGGGGAAUGAAAACAUCUGGAGGAGCCAUUCACGAAGCAGAAAGGAAUGGGGACAGUUCGUGGAAGCAGCGUGUGAUCUGCAGAGCCUGAGAUAGCUCGAUAUUUAUGUAUAUAGUUUACAAAACUUUGUUUUUGUAUACCAGCUGAGACUCACCCUUCAUGAACCUUUUGUCCAGGAGCACCUGAUAAUGGGCCUUCGGUCUUAGAACUAUUUGUGACUAUAUAAAGUGAAGCUGUUGAACAUUUAUUUCUGGAAAUAACGCCAGCUUUUCAAAAAGUAAAGGCAAUUCACCGCUUGGUUACUUGACAAAUAACAUGUAUUCUUUUUUAAUAACUUGCAUUGUUAAUUAAGAAUGAACUCUUCAUUCCGCAGUGCAGUGUGCGCGCAGUGAAGAUUCACUCUGGAAACAGCUCCUUGGCUGCAGCUAAGCUAUUUUUCCCCUGUGUAGUUCCUUCCAUGAGUGUUAGUCCAGCGAAGUUUUCAGAAGAACAAUUUUGAUGUUCAGAAAGUAGGAGAGCAGCACUGGGAGGGUGUAGCGAAAGGCAUGGUUUCCGGGUCGUGUCCGGUUUUGCUACAGAGUUUUAAUCUGUCAUGUAGUUUCAAUACAUUGUUAAUAUGUGUGGCCACUUUCCUCAGUUUAUAUACAAGAUACACAGCAUUAAUAACAUAUCUUUCAGCAUAAUCUUCUAUUACAACAUAAUCUUUCUACUGUGGCUGGUAGCUUUCCAGUUUCGUCCAGAGAAAAUAUAUUGGUCCUGUGCGUCUUUUUUAUUAAUAUGCUCCUCCUUUGGAAGGAAGAAAGCACCUUAUGGGAAAAGUUUACAACCGCAUUUUUAUCAGUUUAUCUGCUAAAAUUUGCACUGUAAUUUGAAUUUUCGCUGCUGUGGCUUUUUCAGAUUCAUCGACAAAAUUAAACUUCACUUUGUCUUUUGAAAUAAAAAUACACGGUUUAAGAUUAACAAAAUUUUAUAAUUUUCUAUAUGUGCAAUAUCAUAAACCAUUAGGUCUUUUACCUCGGUAACAAUUUACAUACUCGAGCUUUUCAUCAUUUGUUUGUACUGACCACGUCGUCGAGAGGAGGUUAAACCGCAAUCUUCCUUCCUCUCUUUCUUCAAGCAAGGUGCACAUGUGUCAUCUUUAACAACUGGUCGUUUCUUCAGGAAUUCGCCUUCUUCCCCCAUGAUCCAUGGCACGCGAAAAACACAGAUGUUACAAAUUACAUCUCCUUUUUCUGACAUUCAGCUUAAAUGAACAUCUGUUAGAGAAACUGGCAUCUUCUUCCAUUUCCUCCAUAAACUGAUAAAUUUAUAAUUGCCGGUAAACAAUCUGAUUGUGAGUGCAUCUAACUUUCCUAAGACUACUGUUCGUUUUCACAUCAGUACUUCAAGUUGAAUAUUUCCAAGUAAAUCACUCUCUGUCAGUCAUUGAACGUGAGUGACAACUCGCAAUUGUAGUUCAUCACCGGACCAUCUCAUGAACAUAUGUAUGGCUGGACCCCUUGCUUCAUUGUAACGCUAUACUUGGACGAACAAGCACUUUUACUCCAUCCCAACAACGUGUUUCCGUUAUAAAAACAUAGUUCAUUACUGAUGCAAUUGUAAACAGAGUAUCCUUAAUUACAGGACAAACGUCGGAAGGAAAAUUUGAUUAAACUGUCAAAGAGUGUACCAUGUUUCGUAAGACCAUGCUCUUGAUUGUAUCAGAAGUAGUUUCUAGUAUGGUUGUAAACUGACAGAAUUGCCUUUACGUUUUGAAUGCAUAAUAUCACUCGAAAAAAAGACUAGAGCUCUCUCUUUCACAGUCCAAUCUCAGUUAAGACUGUGAAUGCAGAGGAUACUUAAAGACUGAAACAUUAAAGAGUCUGACAGCUUUAGACAUUGUAGUGGGAAAUAUAGGCGUAGCUACUGAUGCAAUACUACUUGUCUGAAUUUAAUUUAUUCUAUUAUCAUCUGUAUUUGUAGAAAUGCCUUAUAAACGUAUUUUAUCUGUGAAUAUUUAUAGUUUAGCUAAACUGGUGCAUGAUGCGGUACUGGAUCUAUUCAUGAUCAUGAGGACAGACAUUUACCGAGUUCUCUCUUUUCAUUGUACACACUAACUCCGAUUGUAUCCCUGUGGCUGAUGUUUUUUUAGACUGAACAAUAUCGCCGAUACAAUAGCAGAGAAUGGAAAAAAAUGUUGCUUUCGAAAAGGUUUUCUCUGUCCUAGAGUUGGUGAAUAACCCUGCUGUCACUGCCAGCUGCCAAGAGCCGCCGACUGAAUACCUAACUUUUCGUGCAUGGUUGAUCGCAGCAGCUGAAAUAUUGCUUGAUUGUGUGACAUUUUUAGCGACUAAACAUCUUCUAAAAUUGUACAACAGGUUGUAUAACACACUUUAUUUUUUGUAUAAUUUUGAAAGAGAUUUUUGUACAAAGAGCAGCUAUUGUAAGAAAAACUUUGUUAAAUAAACUUGUAAUAUUGUAUCAUAA